UAUACAGACUACUUUUGCAUAAAAAUAGUAAUUAAUUAGCUGUAGAAAAAUUUUAAAUCAUGUAAAAUAAGAUUUAAAAAUAUACUUUUACAUAUCUCAUCCAUCUCAAGCAAGGCUGCUGGAUUCCCACCUGUAUACAAUUAUUCUGUACAAAAUUUAAUCUAAAUAAACUGACAAAAACUUAAGCUCAUCAAAAUUCUUUUUUUGUCUAAAUAAUUCAUAUUUAGUUGCAACAUUUCUAAAAUACAUAUUUUGUGUGUAUUUUUUUCAGAUUUUGAUGGCAUCACAGGGUCCAAUGCACAGAAUGUAGGAUGUUAUAGUUCUGACAAUAAUGUUUUUGUUUGUUACUAGUUCUAUCAUCAAGUUGAAAAAAUAUUGAACAUAUAAGAUAUUUUCAAAAUUUGUAAAAAUCAUAAAAUCAGCAUGCAAUACAUUUUGGGCCACUGUAUCAAAAUGGGCUUCAAAAUGAAUUCAAGGUGCCUGUUACGAAGAAUGUCGCACAGUAAAGUACAACCAUUGCUGAAUGUAGUAAAAGAAAUAGAAAUCAAGGUGCCAUGGGGAAAGAUUGCAGCAAAAUUAUGGGGAACAGAAAACAAACAACCUAUAUUAGCUUUACAUGGAUGGCAAGAUAAUGCUGCAUCGUUCGAUACAAUUGCUCCAUAUCUGUUGAAGAAUAUCCCAAUAAUGGCCAUUGAUUUUCCCGGUCAUGGAUUUUCGAGUUGGUUACCUCCAGGAAUAAUGUACAGUGAUCUCAUUUAUCUAAUGCUGAUGCAACGAAUAAAACAGUACUUUGGAUGGGACAAAAUGAAAAUAAUGGCACAUUCAAUGGCUGGACUUGCAUCCUUUUACUAUUCAUCUUUUUUUCCAAACGAAGUUGAAUAUAUUAUAGGAUUAGAUGCAGUUGUCACUAUAGGGGUAACUAGAACGGAAUACCCCUCAUACUUUUCCAAAAAUCUGUCUAAGCUUCUGGAAGUGGAAACUUAUGCGAAUGAAAUAAAAUACACGAAAGAAGAAAUGAUGGGUAGAUGGAUAUCGAGUAUAAAAAACAGUAUAGACGAAGAUACAUGCAAGAUAUUAAUGACGCGUGGAGUUACAGAAGUAGAACAUGGAAAGUACGUAUUUAACAGAGACCCAAGACUUAAAUUUUCACCAUAUUUUUCACAAUAUACCAAUGAACACAUAAACACUUAUGCUAAAUAUAUAAGAUGCCCGUGUCUUUUCAUCACUGCGAAAGAUUCCUACAUAUCUGAUACCAUAAACACUUUUAAUAAUUUCAACACUAUGAGAGAAACUAAUGAAAAUGUGUAUUGGCACGAAGUUCCAGGAACGCAUCAUAUUCAUAUGAGAGACCCGGAGAAUGUAUCCAAAAUUAUUAAUUUAUUUUUAGAAAAAUAUGAUAAAUAA